AUGCAGACUGCUUCUACAAACAUUUGUGAAAGAAUAGGUUGCUCGGAGGAGAUCAGUGAAUUCAAGCAUGGUACCGUGAUAGGUUGCCACCUGUGCAAUAAGUCCAUCUGUGAAAUUUCCCUGCUACUAAAUAUUUCCACGGUCAACUGUUAGUGGUAUUAUAACAAAGUGGAAGCAACUGACAUCAGCAAUUCACCUACGAAGUGCAAGGUCAGUGCAUGCUCAAGCGUACAGUGCGCAAAAGUCGCCAACUGUCUGCAGAGUCAUUAGCUAAAGACCUCCAAACUUCACAUGGCCUUCAGAUUAGCACAACAACAGUGCGUAGAGAGCUUCAUGGAAUGGGCUUCUAUGGC